AUGGUGUCCGGCGGCAGAGCUCUCUCUCCCUAUUUAUCCAGGACUCAAAAGAUUCGUUUUCGGAGUGGACCAAUCAGAAGCGCGGAAUGGUGGACGCGCCCCAUCUCCAAAAUCCGUUUUUUGUGCUUUUGACAACAAUUGUGGCGACCAAAAACUCCGAUCAUGCUUGCGGUGGGGUCAGUGAGAAACCCAGCUGAAAGCGCAAGCGAAGUUAUACAGUCGUGCUAGGGUGUAUGCACCUUGUACAAACUAACUGUAACUCUGCCGUGUGUGCGGCACGAGACGCCGGGCCUGCAGCUGAUGAAAAUAAUUUCGUAGCGGAUACUGCGCCCAGAUGGCAAAGUUUGGAAUUUGAUCCCCACACACUGUGAUUUUUGCCGUGUCAGGUAUCGCAGAUGUGAGACCAAGUGGGGGCGCACGGAAUGGGCAAAGCUGAAGAUUUAUGGCGGAUCCACCGCCACAACACAAACAAGCUCGCUCGCUUUUCCCCGUGGACAGCCUCGAGAUCGCUCCACUUGAAGUCAGAUGGUUCACGAAGUAUCCACACAAAUCGUCUGCAGUGUCGAGCUCAGUCCAGUUCGGAAGCAAAUUCUUCGCCGGUCUGCUUGAGACGGUGUCGAUAUCGCUCGCCGCAGUCUGCGCUGGCGUUCUCACGCCGUACAUGUUCAAAGUCUCAAAGUUUUCCUGCUGAGCUUACAAGAAUUUUGGUAAAACCAAUGGUGAACGUCAACGUUUUUGGUGGUCUGCUGCUUGGUUUGAACGCUGCCCGUUAGUUCAAUAAUUUGGCUGCUGCAAGUAUGAACUCUAUACAAUCUAAGCGGGAGCUACUACUAUCCUAGUAUGUCCUUUGCCUUGACGCCCGGAGGCAGUGUGGACUGGUGUUCCCCUCCAAGCAUAUUACUGAAGUCCCAACGCCACAAUGUUUGUGCCGCAAAAUAGGAGACUCCAAACACCCUUCGAGUCAAAGGGUUGAUCCGUCAAACUUUGACGGAUCGUUCGGUGCGGCAGAG